AAUCUUACUUUCUUAUUAGUCACCAACUUCUAAAUGCCAGUCAAACAGAUCAAGACAUAUAUCUGUUGUCGGGAUACGGAUGUCCUUGACCAACUCACCAUCCUCCUGAUAUGACGUGGUCACGUGGUGUUUCUGUUUCGGAACCAGUGUUUCAGUGUGCAGGGAGGAUGCAAUUGAGGAUGUCGUGGUGGUUGAUGGUGUUGUGUGGCGGGGCAGCUUUGGUCGUUGUUGGAGCAACCGUUUGUACAGACAGACCGGUCAUUGGGGUGAUUACCCAGGCCGCCAGCAGCAAGCGACAUGGAGACACCCUUAUAUCAGCCAACUAUGUCAAGUACUUAGAACAGUCUGGGGCGAGGGUCGUGCCCAUCCGUGUGCGAGAAACCCCACAGUACUAUGAACAGCUCUUCUCCAAGAUCAAUGGGGUUCUGUUUCCUGGGGGCCAUGGUGGCAUCCGCACCAGUGACUACUCCAAGGCUGCCAGAAUCAUCUAUGACUUGGCUGUUAAGGCCAACUCGGAGGGCGAGGUGUUCCCCCUGUGGGGCACGUGUGAGGGGUUCCAGUUGCUGACGUACCUGAGUACAGGCCACGAUUACCUGCACUCGUCAGUGGCCUACAACGUCAGCCUACCCCUCAUCCUACACCCAGGUUACAACACAAGCAGGCUGUUUGGAGGACUGACAUCCCAGCUGGCCGCCAUCCUUUCCAGCGAGAAUGUCACGCCGAACUUUCAUCACUACGGCGUGUCGCUCCAGACAUAUAACAAGUCGGCGUCGCUAAGACACUUCUUCCGGGUUUUGUCCACAAACCGGGACACAAAGGGGCAGUUGUUUAUAUCGACAGCUGAAGCCUAUCACUAUCCGUUCUACGGCACACAAUGGCACCCCGAGAAGAUCAGUUUUGAUUGGAACCCCCGUCGUGAUGUCAACCAUGGAGCUAACGCCGUCCUGGUGUCACAGUACUUAGCCAACUUCUUCGUCAAUGAGGCCAGAAGAAGCUGCCACAAGUUCCCCAGUGACAGAGACGCGGGUCAGAUUCUCAUUGAGAAUUCCUUCAUGAACUACUGGGAUGACGGUUCCUUCCAGCAGAUCUACUACUUCAACUACACCAUACACACUGGGGACAACCACUUGGUCGGCUAGCCUCACCUCGACUACAGACAUUCUGGUCGGCUUCCUAUUCGUAGGGGAGCAACUUGACCUGGAGAAAUAAUACUUGGUAGGCUAGCCCAUCCUCUGAAUAACCACUUGGUAGGCUAGCCAAGCCAGAGAAUAGCCACUUGGUAGACUAGCCUAUCCAGAGAAUAACCACUUGGUAGGCUAGCCCAUCCAGAGAACCACAUGGUAGGCUAGCCCAUCCAGAGAAU